AUGACAUCCAAUGGCAAGAUCGUAGUCAACGGUAUCUACUCCUCUUGUCACAACAUCGUUCAGAGCUAUUCACUACAGAACACAUUCUUCAGCUAUGCUGAUAGCCUUGAGAAAACUCUAUGCUUCACUCUUCUCAACGCAAACGGAUAUUGCUGA